AUGGUAAUCGAUGGCAAGAUCUCUGUCGACGAAUGGUGCGAUUGCUUCUCGUUCGCUGAUGAUCUUCGCCAUGAGCCUCCAUGCCAUAAGGCAAAACACGAAGUGGAUCCUCAUAUGGCCGGUAAGUUUUUUUGAUU